UCUCGGAAAGGGCAAACCCGUUUUGUAAUUCGUAGUCACAAUUCUCUAUAUAAAGAUCUCCUUCUUGUUAAAAACGUGCAUUAAGUUCUGACGUGUAAAAGGGCCUGGAAUUUUUAUUAAGUGAUCUGUAAAGGAUGAAGUACAUUAUAGCAUUGUGUGUUGUUGCUCUUGCGGCUGUUUCAAACGCGCGGCCCGACACUUAUACAAAUAAAUAUGACGGUAUUGAUUUACAAGAAAUCUUGAAUAACCGACGGUUACUGGUACCUUAUGUGAAAUGUGCAUUGGAACAAGGGAAAUGCUCGCCAGAAGGGAAAGAAUUGCGGUCGCAUAUUAAGGAAGCUCUUGAGAACUAUUGCGGCAAUUGUACGGAGGCACAGAAGAGCGGAACUCGGUUAGCGAUCACUCAUCUCAUAAACAACGAAUCAGAAUUCUGGAACCAACUGGUGGACAAGUAUGACCCUACCAGAAAGUAUGUUAUGAAAUACGAGAGUGAGUUGAAGUCAAUUAAGGCUUAAGAAAAUAGGAACGUUAAUCGUCUCACAGCAAUGAAAUAAUUUAUUAUUUAUGUUCUGUAACAUAAAGAAUUCGUGAUGAAUUUGAUUUGAAUAAAGAUACUGUUGAAUUCGU